CCGGAACACACGGAAAGUCAAAUUUCCGUCAAAAAACACUUUAAAGUACCAUCGCCCAUUGAAAUGAAUGCAGUCUGUCAGCGGAAUUGACUAAAACCUUGACACAACGGCGAUUUUAGGUCAAAAAUAGGCUUCCAAACCGCGGCGGACGAAGUACAGAGUUCGGGUUGGACGAGGACACGUCAACCGGCAAAUAUAUUUCCGCUCGUUUUCAAACAUUUGAGCGCGUAUGUAUAUGGGAAGGGAGUGCGCAUGUGCACUGGCCGCGCGGCAGGACAGGCGGAUAUAAGGAUUGGCGCCGGCGCCACAGCUGAUCCACUCAUUCAUUUCCCCCCUUGGAGUCGCACCAGAAGUCCAAUCACCACAACAAUGUCCAGACGCAGCGGCCGCAUCACCCUUCAAGCCAGAGAUUCAAACACCCCCGAACCGUCCAUCAGAGCACCGUUGAGGAAAAGAAAGUGCGAGCCCUCCAAGAAGAAGAGUCAACCCGCUGCUAAGAAACAAAGCUGCUAUGAAAUUCAGAAGUGUUGGUCGGAAGACGGCGCCAGCCCUUGCGUCCUCAUCGAGACGCCGCACAAAGAACUGGAACCGGCCGACCCGUCCGGCUUCAAGCAGUACCGCUUUAAGAACAUCUUCAUCAAGGCUUCGCCCCUCCCUCGUCUCAGUUGGGCCAGCUCGGACGACGUGUGGAUCAAAAUGCUCAACAAAGAGCUCAAGUACGUCCACGACCGCACUUACAUGGAGAGACACAGCAAACUGCAGCCCAGCAUGAGGGCCAUCCUCCUCGACUGGUUGCUCGAGGUGAGCGAGGUGUACUGCCUCCAUCGGCAGACGGCCUACUUGGCGCAGGACUUCUUCGACCGCUUCAUGAUGACGCAGGAGGACGUCAACAAAGACUAUUUGCAGCUCAUCGGCAUCACGGCACUUUUCAUUGCCUCCAAGAUAGAGGAAAUCUACCCCCCGAAAAUCAACGAGUUCGCCUACGUGACAGACGGCGCGUGCGACACGUGGGACAUCCGGCGCACGGAGCUUCACAUCCUCAAGGCAUUGGACUGGAAUUUAUGUCCCGAGACACCUAUCUCAUGGUUGAAACUCUACGCGCAAGUGGAAGCUCAGAAAGACAGCGAAAACUUUCUGGUGCCGCAGUUCUCGCAAGAAAUGUACGUCCAGAUCACGCAGCUGUUGGACUUGUGCAUGAUGGACAUUCACUCGUUGGACUUUAGCUACAGUGUCCUCGCCGCUGCCGCUUUUUGCCACUAUUCCAAUUUUGAUAUCGUCAACAAAGUGUCCGGUCUGACGUGGGAGAGCGUGUCGGCGUGCGUGCGGUGGAUGAGCGCUUUCGUGGACACGCUCCGCUGUGAAGCCAAAGCGGAGCUCAAGAGCUUUGCCAAAGUCAAAACCGAGGACAGGCAUAACAUACAGACACAUGUCAGCUAUUUGGACUUUCUGCGAAAAGCCCAAGAGCGUCAAACUCAGGAUUCCGCCGACUGUCCGCUGUCUCCCGUGGUUGCCGUGGCGACGGUCCUGACUCCGCCCAACAGCACGGAAAAACCGGCCAAUCACUGAUCGGCAAAGGAUUUAAAAAAAAAAAAAAAAAAAAAGAAAAGAUUAAUUUAAAAUCACAAAAGGAGAUUUUUGUGAAAGACUUUUGGUGCUAUUCACUACAAUUCCAUCCCAUCGUCAACAUGGGAACAUGCAGCUGCGGUCACCGCUCCUUUUGUGUGUGUAUUUCUUUUUUUUUUUCCUAACUCUUUCAUUCCUGGAAACUUGACCCGAGCUGUCGCCGGUUUGUAUUUAUUGUUCUAAAGAAAAGUGAAAAAUAUCCAGUGAAAUUCCGGGCGCUAUUUAUGACCACACGUCCUCGUUUGUGCCUUUACAUGUGCAAACAUUGUCUUGGUUUGUGUACAGUUCCACAUUUUGGGGGGAAAAAAUAUGUUGCAAUCUUAUGAAUAAAAAUUAUUUUUAAUCCAG